AUGUUCUCUUUCGCCAAAAAGGUCCCCGCCAACUGGCCUUCCCCACUGCACCACAAGUGCGACAACUCGAAAUGUACUUAUCCUAACUCACCUAAACCGGCUGCUGGGACCUACCCCUGCCGUGGCUGCACCAAAGGCACUUACAAGGUCUCUCGCUCGACAGCUUCAGCAGUCGAUGCGAGCAGCCGUCAGGCCUUCCCACUAUACGCGCGUCCGACCGGUCAUAUCAACGCAUACGCUGAGCAAGCUGCUCCUCGCACUCUCCGGGACGAUAUCAUUCAAAAUGUUCCGUUGCGAACCGUCGGGGAGAUCAGGACAAUGAAAGCAUUAGAGUCCUGGGGCGAACCUCUUUCGCGCGCUAAAGCGGUCAGGAAGAGGACUGGGUCAGGAGACUCCCGGACGACCACUGCGUCCUCCGCUUCAGGAUCUGGCUACAGUGGUCGUUAUGGGACUGCUUCUCGUUCGCCGCCCACGACUCAUCAGUACACCCCCACUUCCUCUCAAGACUACUAUUCGUCUAACCUGACCCCCUCCCGAGUAGCGGUGCCAGAACGCCCUUCAGGUCGUCCUAUGCGUCAGUACCGCAUUCGCAACCAAUGA